AUGGAUUCCUCCCUGCUCGAGGUCUGGCAAGCUUCUGCUGGCAGCCCGUUCCUCCCUGUCAUCGGGAAGAACACGCAGUUUCUCGUUGCCUUCGUGCUUCUGCUUUCGGGUCUCAUCGCUACAGGCGUCUUUGCGCUCAAUCGGUCUCUGGCCAACCUUGUCGUUAUCGGCAUCCCAGCCUGCGCCGCGUUUGGAGUUCACGUCCAGAUCACGGAAGAUGGCAUUCGUUUCGCGACGGACCAUGCACGAGUGAUGCAGGGCGUUGCUUUUCUGGACAAGGCACUCUUCACCGCCUACUCGGUUCGACUUCCCCCGAGUGAGUAUGGCGAAGGGUCGGCCCUGCCCAACUUUCAAAUGCCUCUCGAAUCGCUGCUCGAAGUCCUUCAGAUAUUCGGUGCCGUCGACGUGGCGACGCGGGCGCAAAAGGCCGAGCAGGACCCGUACCGUGGCAACCUGCGCAACUAUCGUCCCGAUGCCUUUAGCAAUCAGAUGCUGGGCAUAUCGGGGACCUGCACGCUCGUGUAUUCCGAGGAAGGGGAUCCGUUCAAGAUAACGAUUGAAGAGUCUGGCGUGAAAACUACGGCUGGCUUGACGACGUAUCUACCCGAGGUGCCUGAGGACAUUCCAUUUGACCGUUCCGAUCUCAUGUUCAAGAUCAUCAUGCCGUCCAGGUCUCUGCUGGACUCGCUCGCGGAAAUCCUGCCGACGUCACCGGAGAGGCUUACGAUCACGGCGGUCAAGACGUCGCCCUAUCUGACUCUUGCUGGCACGAGCGACCUCGGUAGCUCCGGCGUGGACUUUGCGCGUGGAAGGGACUUGCUGGAGAUCUUCACCGUCGCCGAUCGUUGGUCGCAGACGUACCGGUUUGACUUUAUCAAGAAUUCGACGGAGGCGAUGCGCAUCUCGAGCAAGGUCAGCCUUCGCGGCGACGGGCAGGGAGUGCUGAGCCUUCAGUUCAUGGUGGACAUGGAAGGUGGUACGAGAAGCUUUUUGGACUUUCGAUUCGUUCCCUUUCUGAAGCACGAGGAUGAUGAGAGCGCCGAGGGGGAGGAAUGA